CAGUGACUUUGUUUGUGUCGCUGCUACACACAAUUGCUGACAACAAUAUAGCAAGCACCCACUGAGUGAAUACAUCUGAAUUUCGAUACAAGUUUUUCAUAUUAGUCGACACAAUGGCAGAUAAAUAUUCCAUUUUACUGCCAACAUACAAUGAACGGGAAAAUUUGCCGAUUAUCAUUUGGUUGAUCGUGAAAUACAUGGACCAAAGUAAAAUCAACUAUGAAAUAAUCGUGAUUGAUGAUGGCAGCCCAGACGGAACACUCGAUGUGGCCAAACAAUUGCAAGCAAUUUAUGGUGAGGACAAGAUUUUGCUGAGACCACGCGAAGCUAAACUCGGCUUGGGAACGGCUUAUAUACACGGGAUCAAACAUGCCAACGGGAACUUUAUCAUUAUUAUGGAUGCCGAUUUGAGUCAUCAUCCAAAAUUCAUUCCAGAGUUCAUCGAACUCCAAAAAGAGCACGACUACGAUAUUGUGUCUGGGACGCGAUACAUCGGCAAUGGUGGUGUGUAUGGUUGGGAUUUCAAGCGAAAGCUAGUUUCUCGCGGUGCAAAUUUUCUAUCCCAAUUGCUGUUACGGCCCAAUUGCUCUGAUUUAACUGGAUCAUUCCGUUUGUACAAAAAGGACCAUUUGGAAAAGCUGAUAGCAAAAUGCGUUUCGAAAGGCUACGUCUUCCAAAUGGAGAUGCUGGUGCGAGCCCGCGAAUUGAAUUACACCAUUGGUGAAGUGCCGAUUACAUUUGUCGAUCGUGUCUAUGGCCAAUCGAAACUUGGUGGCACUGAAAUCUUUCAAUUUGCCAAAAAUUUAUUAUACCUUUUUGCAACCACAUAAAUUUGUCGAAAUAAAAAUGUCGAUUUGUAUGUUUUCCACUAGAUAA